AUGUCGAAGUUCCGAGACACGCUCAUGGUGUAUACCGUCGUCCGGAUGGGACAUGUUGGUAAAAAAAAUGUUGAUUCGUGUGUAAAAGAACUAAUAAAUGCAGUUUUUAACAAUUUUCUUCGACACUUACAAGAAAAUCCUAAAUUCUGGUUAAUCAAUGGGUCAGUUGCAGUUGUAUUACUUGGAAUUUUAAAAUCUGGCACUGAAGAAAAAUUGAGAGAUGCCAUAACAUCAGUAGCCAAUUACUUAGUUGAUCCUGACAAUACAAUAUUGAAAAAAGAUAAAGAAAUGUCUGUGUACGAGCAUGCUGGUCUUCAUAUAGUACUCGAAAAGAUUAUUGGCUAUGAUCAAACUCUAGAAAAGAACAAUAAAAAAUCAAAUGUUCAGUUGGCAAUCCAAACCUUAAAAUCACUUUUGGAGCAGAUAUAAUGCAACUAUUACAGAAGCAAACAUGUACUGAUGCUACAAAAUGUUUUGCCACAAAAUUGAAAUCUGUAUUUGAAUUUUAAUAAACAAUUAUUUUAACAUA